AGGAGGUUCUUUCCCGCGCCAAUUCAGCUUGAACAAACUCGGCAACCUGGUGGCUGUAGGUCUUCAAUACACGAAGAGGGUCGUGAUUUACAGUCGCGAUGUUGCUACAGGCCUGAUCGGUGAGCCGGUCGCUCAUCUGGACAGGCUGGGCAAUGUCACUUCUGUUGUAUGGGCAUAGAGAGGCAGCGGGGAGAGAAAAGGCAACAGAAAUGUGAGGAGCGAAGGUCAAGGGCUGGUCCUUUCGACAAUUCAAUUCUCCGACGCAUGGAACGUCGCGGGACGCUGGAAAUAGUCCUUCUAUCAAAAACAUGGCAUUGCGACGAGUCUCGACUUGCUAGAUUUGCGAUAUCCGGACCUGUUUCUAUCAAAAGAAAGCCGUAUUUAUUCCUAUUUCUUUCCAUCUUCUCCUAUUUCAAUCAAUGCUCGAACCUUUAUAGGAUCCAUCCAACAAGGUUGUAUGAGGUUGUCACCAACGCUGCAAACAAGUGAGGAUGACUCAUCAAAAAAUACACCUCGCAGAUUAGUCAUCCACACGCCACAGAAAGCGAGGUCCAAGC